CAGCCGCAGAAGAGCGCAGUGCCGGUGUCCGGUACUCGGUGCUGCUGACCUCUCCUAGUCUACCUCUGGAUGUGGGAUGUAUUUCUCGUAGUCUGGCCUUGAUUUAAUACGGUGUCGUAGAUUAAUGCAGUGGGCGCAGCAGUGAUCGUAACAGAGCAUGUCCACCAUGGUUUACCCCCAUGAGGAGAGACUAGAGAAGCUGACGCAGGAGGAGAUCAUCUCCAGCACUAAACUGGUGAUUCAGGGUCUGGAAGCUCUCAAGAGCGAGCACAACUCCAUCCUGCAGAGUCUGGUGGAGACCAUCCAGUGCUUAAAGAAAGAUGAGGAGGCCAGUUUGGUUCAUGAGAAGUCCAGCCUGCUGCGCAAGUCUGUGGAGAUGAUUGAGCUGGGCCUGGGUGAAGCGCAGGUGAUGAUGGCCCUGUCCAACCACCUGAACGCAGUGGAGUCAGAGAAGCAGAAGCUGCGUGCUCAGGUGCGGCGGCUCUGUCAGGAGAACCAGUGGCUGAGGGACGAGCUGGCCAACACCCAGCAGAAGCUCCAGAAGAGCGAACAGAGCGUCGCACAGCUGGAGGAGGAGAAGAAACAUCUGGAGUUCAUGAACCAGCUCAAGAAAUAUGAUGAUGGUGUCUCACCAGAGGAAGAGAAAAAUAGUGAGACUCCCAGAGAUGCCCUGGACGAUUUGUUUCCUAACGAUGAAGACGACCCGGUCUCACACCGGCACAACAGCGCCGCGCUUGCCGCCGCUCAGCAGGGAGGGUAUGAGAUCCCAGCGCGCCUCAGGACCCUCCAUAACCUGGUGAUCCAGUACGCCGCUCAGGGCCGCUACGAGGUGGCCGUGCCUCUCUGCAAACAGGCUCUGGAGGACCUGGAGAAAACCUCUGGACACGACCAUCCCGAUGUAGCCACCAUGCUCAACAUCCUGGCUCUGGUCUACAGGGACCAGAACAAAUACAAGGAAGCUGCUCAUCUCCUUAAUGAUGCCCUGUCAAUCAGAGAAAAAACCCUGGGCAAUGACCACCCAGCUGUGGCGGCCACCCUCAACAACCUGGCGGUGCUGUACGGAAAGAGAGGGAAAUACAAGGAAGCAGAACCACUGUGCAAGAGAGCCUUGGAGAUCAGAGAGAAGGUGUUGGGGCGGGAGCACCCAGACGUGGCCAAGCAGCUGAAUAAUCUGGCUCUGCUCUGUCAGAAUCAGGGGAAGUAUGAGGAGGUGGAGUAUUAUUACUGCAGGGCUCUAGAUAUCUACGAGAAAAAACUGGGACCUGACGACCCGAAUGUGGCCAAGACCAAAAACAACCUGGCUUCAUGCUAUCUGAAACAGGGCAAGUACAAGGAAGCUGAGAUCCUCUACAAAGAGAUCCUGACGCGCGCCCAUGAGAAAGAGUUUGGAUCUGUAGAUGCUGAAAAUAAACCCAUCUGGAUGCACGCUGAGGAAAGACAAGAGAGCAAGGGAAAGUUGGCAGAUGGGAAUCAUUAUGGCGGCUGGUACAAAGCCUGCAAGGUGAACAGCCCCACGGUGAACACCACGCUGAGGAACCUGGGUGCUCUGUACCGUAAGCAGGGGAAAAUAGAGGCGGCUGAGACCCUAGAGGAGUGUGCCAUGAGGUCCCGCAGACAGGGAGCGGCAGUGGAUCCUCAGAGAGAUGGGGAGAGGCGGAGGAGCACUGCAUCAAUCUCCAGCGUGAAGUACGACUGCAGCAGUGACACCGGAGAAGAGGGCAGUGUGGAGUGGAAUGGGGACGGGUCUCUCAGGAGAAGCGGCUCUUUCGGGAAGCUCAGGGAAGUCCUGCGCAGAAGCAGCGAGAUGCUGGUGAAGAAAAUCCAAGGAACCAUGCCACCAGAGCCUCGCAACACAAACAUGAAGAGAGCCGCGUCCCUCGGCUACCUGAACAGUAACGGAGAUGAGGACGACUCUUUUCAGGGUUCAGGAGCAGCGAGGACGUUGAGAAACAGCAGGCCUCUGAGCUCAAGCACAGUGGAGCUGUACAAAAGCACAGACCGAUGAAAAAUACAUGCAUGUUCUGACUCAUUUCUCACUCCAUUUGUAGGAGGAUUUGGUUCAUGUGCUUUCAAUCAUGAACGCUUUUGGCUUCACAUUCUCUCACACUCAUAUAAAUCACGCUUGUUUCUUUUUCUUCAAGGAAUAGUUCAUCCAGAAAUGAAAACUCAUCAUUUACUCAUUCUCAUGUGGACCACAAAAACAAAUUUAACUAACAGCUCUUUUUCCAUAUAAUAAAAGUGAAUGGAGGAUGGGUGUCGACAAACUCCAAAAACAACAAAAAACUCCAUGAAAGUACCUUGUACACUAAAUUCUUCCUAAGCUAUACAGUACAGACCAAAGUAUGGAAGCAUGUUUCCGCCGGUGGAUUUUAAAAAAAGUCAUUGCAACUUUUUUUAAUUGCAAAUCAGAGUUUAUAUCUCACAAUUCUGAGAAAAAAAGUCAGAAGUGUAUGAAAAAAAUCACAAUUAUGAUGUAAACAUGCAGCUUUUGCAACUUUUUUCUCGCAAAUUUAAAGUUAUAUCACAAUUAUGUG